GUUACGUCAUGACGUUAAUGCUGCUCGACGGGGAUGUGAAGGGUGUACGUUUAGUAUUAUGGACGGGUGGCGUGCUGUUUUUCUUUGCGAUCCGAUACCAAAUAAUAUCAAGGGAGUUGCUAAUUCAGUCUCGUGGUGCUGAAGUGUAUAAUAACAGCAAUAAAGAACUGGGCAAAAUUUUGCGGAGUAGGGGAGGAGAGGGGGUGUCGCCGGACCCCUGAAAGUCCCCCUUCCAUCCUGUCUCCCCCGUUAUGGGCCGCCUUACCUGGACCACGGACAGAGGAGAUGAAAAGCAUUUCCUACCAGAGCAGUGUGAGCGUGAACUGAGGGCUUCUCAACAAAGCCAGGGCAAGGCUGGCUACACUUAAACCCCAAGCAGACGUCCUCCUCUGCAGGGCUGGGGCCAGCUGGAGCAUGGAGCAGAAACCUGCGGUGCUAAGUGUGGCAGAUGUGAAGGAGGAAGCGCAGGAUGUUCUCGUAUCGGAUGUGGACGGGGCCGGGCACAGCAGCCCUGAGAAGAAAGCGGAGAGUAUGGUGUGUCCUGUGUUUAAUGGGGAGGUGAAAGAAGAAACAGAGUUUCAGGACGUGACUGAGGAGAAGCCGGCUGUCCCUCUUCAGGUAGAUGAUACUGAAGGUAGACGGAGGUCAAGAAGAGGGAGCCUCAGACCCCCAAACACAGUACAAGCUCUCGUGCCAGGAAGGAGCGUGAAUAAGUUCUCCUGUCCUCACUGUCCCUCGUCCUACACGGCACAGACUUACCUCUACAGACACAUCAAGAAAUCCCACCCAGAGAAGUCUGGUCCUGGUGCGUUACUGAAACUUCAUUGGUGCUCCCAUUGUGGGAAGAGCUUCACUCGUUCAGCAGACCUAAAGAUGCACCAGCAAAUUCACACAGGCGAUAAGCCCUACCAGUGCUCAGAGUGUGCAAAACGUUUUAGCCAUUUGGGUGACUUGAAGACACACCAACGAACCCACACAGGGGAAAAACCUUAUCGCUGCUCAGAAUGUGGAAAGAGUUUCAGUCAGUCAGGUAACUUAAGGGCACAUCAGCGAACUCACACAGGGGAGAGGCCCUACCAGUGCUCCCAGUGUGACAAGAGCUUCAGUCAUUUAGGAAACCUAAAGAAACACCAGUGGAUUCAUACAGGAGAGAGGCCCUACCAGUGCUCUCAAUGUGGGACCAGCUUCAGUCGUUUAGGAGACCUAAACAAGCACCAGGGAACUCACAAAGGCGAGGAGCCCUACCAGUGUUCCCACUGUGGGAAGAGCUUCAAUCAAGUACGAGUCCUAAAGGUGCACGAGCGGACUCACACUGGGGAGAAGCCGUACCAGUGUUCCCAGUGUGAGAAGAGCUUCAUUCAAGUAGGACUCCUAAAGAUCCACCAACGGGUUCACACUGGGGAGAGACCCUACCAGUGCUCCCAGUGUGGAACAAGUUUCAGUCAUUUAGGAGCCCUAAAGACACACCAGCGGAUUCACACAGGGGAGAGGCCCUACCAGUGCUCCCAAUGUGGGAAGAGCUUCAGCCAAAUAGGAACCCUAAAGGCACAUGAGCGGACUCACACUGGAGAAAAGCCAUACCAGUGCUCCCAGUGUGAAAAGAGCUUCAGUCAAGCAGGACGCCUAAAGAUUCACCAGCGGAUUCACACAGGGGAGAGGCCUUACCAGUGCCCCCAGUGUGGGAAGCGUUUCCGUCUCCUUGCUCACCUGAAAGCACACCAGUGGACUCACACAGGAGAGAAACCCUAUCACUGCUCUAAGUGUGGUAAAAGUUUUGGUCGUUUGGAAUAUUUAAAGAUUCAUCAGCAGACUCACACAGGGGAGAAGCCCAUCCGGCACUCCCAGUGUGGGAGGAGCUUUGGACAAUCGGGGGAACUUAAGAGACGCAAGCGGUCUCUCGCAGAAGGAAAGCAGUAAUAGUGUCGGGGGUCAGGGGGGGCAGAGACAGCAUGCGGUGCUGAUCCAGGCUGCUGGAAGCUGUUCUCUGAAUCGGGGGUGUUUGCAGGCUGGAUGGGUUAUGCUGCAGUCCGGCAGGGGUAUCUGAAUGAGAGUAGUCAUGUUUAUUAUUGGGUAGACUGGGGUGUGACAGUAGAGCCCUGGUCACUACUAAUAACUAGAUCCACAGUCAAAUGCAGCUCUGGAAAAAAUUUGAGACCAAAAUUCUUGGUUUCUCUAUGGGUAUGUGUCUGUGUAAAACAUACAUUUUUUGUAAACUCCAGCCUGGCUCUUCCCUGCUUCUCACUGAUGAAGGGCUACUUCCUUGCUUUAUGGUUCUUUUGUCCUGCUUCUAGGAACCUGAUACGAACUUGUCUUAGCAGUGCACUUCACACUAGCACUUAAUGUUUCCCAUUCCUUUACAAGGUCACUUGAUGUCAUCCUGUGAUUCAUGAAAAAGUGGUUAUUGUCAGUGUCUCCUGCUUCACCUUGUUCUUGUGUCCUGCUGUCUUAGAAACUGUGAGCCUGGAAGCAGCCUGCCUCCAGUGUAGCCUCCUGCCAGCAGAACCAGGAUUAAACCAGGAUUUAAAAAGCCAGAUUUGUUGAAAAAUAUAGAGUGGUCUCUUAAUUUUUUUCAGAGCUGUAUACCGGGGUCUAAGCAACCCUAUGUGGUGUGUGUUGGAUGACCCACACAGUUACGAAGCAAAAAUAUCUAUCUGGACCAGGUGACUCGUCCCUUGUAUAUCUGCACUCUGGAGAGAAGUCAGACGGCCAACUGCAGGCCUGUGUGCAUUACGAGUGGCACAUAUUAUGCUUGUCCUAUGACACGGGUGUCAAACUCCGGUCCUGGGGGCUGGAGCCCUGUGUAGCUUAGCUCUUUCCCAGUUCCACCACAAAGGAUUCAGCUCAAGAGCUGUGUGGUAAUUAGCACAAGGAGUUGAAUCAGGUGUGUUAAAUCAGGGGAAACCCAAAAAUGUGCAGGAUUCCGGCCCUCCAGGACUGGAGUUUGACACCCCUGUCCUAUGAGAUCUUGUCUUUAGCGUAAAGUAUGGGCAGUCCCCUGCUUAUGAACGAGAUCCGUUCCCUAAGUCGGUCUUUAAGUGGAAUUUGUAGGUAAGUCGGAACAAUAAGAGUGCAGCACAUAACUGUACUACCAAUCCAGCGACAGACCUCUUGCAUCUCUUAAAUUCCCCCUGUAUUAUUAUUUCAGAUGUCUUUAAACACACUUCAUGUCACUUAGGCCUAAACCUGGACUGACUACUGGGUAUCAGGUCCUGACCCACUACCCUCAGACUCUCAGGAUAGAAAAGCACUCGUCCUGGAUCCUGAACACAGGAAUACCACCAGGCUGUGGGUUCAGCCCCUUCCUCCAUGCCCUCAUCUACGACCGUAACCCUGUCCCGUAACUUCUAACGCCAUCAUCUAGUUUACAGGUGACAUGACAGUCAGUGACCCGAUCACAAACGAUGAUUAGAAAAAGCCAUGGGGAGGGGUGGGGGGGACACCAGUACUAAUUAGAGAUGAACCAGUUGAAUGUGUGACCAGCAUUAAAUUUCUCACUGAACUAGUGUUGCAGUUUUUUUUAAUGUAUUAAUUAUUUAGGUUUUUAUUUGAUGUUACUUUCAGUUUUCAUUUAAAACACAUUUCAGGUGUUGUCAUUUUCAGUGGUUUUGUUUUUUUUAUUAUUAGUUUGGAAGUAUCUUGGUUUCAGUUAAAUCCUGAGUAAACUUACUUCUAGUUAUAAGAGCUAUUUAUGCCUGAUCUUUACAAUAUCCUGAUUCCUGCAGCUUCUGUCGUGUUAUAUGCAGUCUGUCUCUUUAUAUUUUCUCUCUUUUAUGGAUGGACUACCUCAGUGUUUAUCUCACUUUCUUUUGUAUAUUGUUACAGCUGCAUUUUAUUCUUCUCGAUGGUCUGUAUUGGCCUUGGAAGUCACCGAACUAAUUUUGUGGUGUGUAUCACAAUGACAUAGAAUCCUUCGAGUUUAAAAUCUUUAAAUCUCGGAAAGUACAAUGCUGAAGCAGUAAUGAUCACUUGGUGAAAGGUUGAGAUAAACAAAUAAGAUUUCUACCGGAAGAAAGGUUUAAGUUAAAAUGUGGUUUGAUGUCUUAACAGCAUAAAUCAGGUAUCCUAUAGUUCAUAUUGAAACAAAGUUUGGAUAUCAUUUGUUGUCUGUCAUCGGUAGUGAUCACUUCAUCUUCCCUGCCUUUAAGUAAGGACACAAAUCUGGACACAGUCUGUUUCCUUACUGACUGGUGAGUGGUAUAAGAAAAUAUAGCUUCCUCUCUCCCCAGUGCCACUUUGGUUUACUAACUAGCUUAGAAAGAGCACUAACAGAUUGUAAUAGAUUUACAGUUGUGGUAUCCAUUGUUGAUACCUAUUUCAGUCUUAAUUUUAUUUCACUCAUUCAAUAUUUUUUAUUCACUUUAUUUAUAUAAUACUGUGCCUGUUUGCUAAGUACCUCUGCUAUGCAGAGUGUUCUCCAGGUUACUGCUGUUCUUCGUGAGAGUUCCCUCACAUACGUUGUUCAUUGUUUUUUCAUGGCAAUGAAAGUAUAAGACUCGACCUUGUAACAGUUAACAACCACCAGGUGGCAGCACAGACCACCAAAUAAGAGAAUGUGCGCCAUCAAACUGAAAGCUUUAAAAAUCAUUUGAACAACAUCAGUUUUUAAACAGACUUGGCACAUUCUGUGCCAUAUGUUGAAUGAGUUCAUAAAAGUUGCUGCCACUUGGAGAAUCUGUUGGUCACGUCUCGUGUGAAAUGACACCGUAUGACCAAAGAAAUUGCAUCAAGCUUCCAGCAUAAAAAGUAGGAAAUGAAGAGAUAAUGGAGAAAUUUUCCUAAGGCGGAGGCUGAGAAUCAUUUACAUAAAUUUUGUCUCCCUCAGUCAAAGUACCAAUGACUAGGCAACAAAGGCAUGUUUUGCAUAAUUAAAGGAAAAAACAAAUGUGAUGAUGGACAUAUUAUACACGACGAGAUGCAUCUCGGUCCACACAGUAGGGAGACACAAAGUUCAAAUAUCUGAAUCACUCUUCGCUAGUUAUUAUAUUAUAGUUAUUACGCCCCUGACGGCUGACGUGCCAUUUUUUGCACGACCCUAGAUCUCUAUGGGAUAUACCUGCACGUUUCAGACCGUUUGAACUGCAGAAACAUUUGUAGACGAUUUGGGGGAAAAUAAUAAUUAGUACAAAAACGAUAGGGAUCCGGCAGCUUUGCUGCAUGGACCCCAGACAAUCAUAAAUGGACUGGAUUGUGAGAUCUCUGCUACCAUGUAUGGCCACAUGUCUGUACUGAUACACUCCCCAAUCGGUUUUAGUUAUUUUUCCAACAACCAGUCUUAGUCUUAUCCAGUGAAAAGGGGGUGGUGUGGGGCUCAUUGGCCUAAGCUUGUCACCAGAAGGUCACCAGUUCAAGCCCCUGCCUCAGCAGAAUAGUUAAAUGUCCCUGGGCCCUAGAUCAAGGCCCGUAGCCCCCAGCUCCAGAGGUGCUGCAUGCUAGCUGACCCUGCACUGUGACCCCCCCCCCCCCACACACACACUUGCUCUCAAUCAAUCAAUUAAUCUUUAAUUAUAUAGCAAUGUUUUAAUCACAGGGUUUACGGAGUGCUUUACAGAUACUUAAAAGAAGGGAAUUAAAAUAACCAUACACAGAAAAAAUAAAAUAGAAUCAAUUUUAAAAUAGAAGUAAAAUUCUCCAAAGUAAAUUAAUUAAAUUAUAAUGCAUAGAUAAAAUAACUGAUUAUUGUAGAUUAUAUGCAAUGUGGAAAGGAUACAUUUGCAGCCUAGUUUUGAAAGUACUAAGACAUCCAGUAGCUCUCCUGUCUCUGUGUCCCAUGGGGAGUAAGAUGGGGUGAAAAGAAAACGUCCCUCCGGAGGGUUAACAAAGCAUCACCAUUCCAUUCUGCUAUUACUGUAAAAUCACUGUAAAAAGUUCCCACACUGCUGAUUGUGACUGACUGUAACCAGCAUUAGCCAUAACCAACUCCCAUGCCACAACUGGCAGGUUUUCUGUGCUAAACAUAUUUUUGUGAAUUUCGGGUUCCAUCCAUGUCAAUUAAUGUAUUCGCUCCUUACAUUAUGCAUACCAACCUGAAAAUGAUGUGAGCAAACUGCUCUAAUACUUAGCCAAGAUGACACAUUCAGAUGAAAUGUGGCUGCAUACAAUCAAUUUAAUAAUUGAAUUAUUUAAUAACAUAAGUGUCCCUUAGAGGGUGGGGCCAAUGCAUCUACACCAGUUGUUCUGUAAAUGAGAAUGAAGGGGUUUUUUUUCCAGGAAUGGCUCUAGUGUCGUUCCUCUUCUAUGAAACCCAGGUCUGAGGAGCAUCCAGGCUAUGUACAGUACUAUGCAAAAGGCAGUCAGAGAAAAUGAUGUUUAAAUUUCAUGUUGGUGUAAAACUGUGGUGUCUGUAAGUGUGUCAGCUUAGCCAUCUGAAAAUCCCUGCUAAAAUCACCUCAGUACUUGCAGCGACUGUCCAGUAGACCCGUGUAUUAUUUGUUUGCUGGAUCACUAGCAUAUGUAAAUAUGACUCAUCAAUACCCCAUUGAUUUUAAAAAAAACUAAUUUAAUAAAUUGAUUGAUUGAACUUAUAGUGAAAUUUAACAAAUAUCUGGAAUAGCUGAGGUGCCCCGGAGGAGAGGUUUGGGAACCAGAACAGCGUUCAUCUAGCCAUCCAAGAAAAUUCCAGUAACAUUUCGGAGAACAGACACUGUUCCUGUUAUGUUUUCAUUGUGUUACUCUUAAUUGCCAUGUUUUAAUGUGAAAUAGUUUUUUUUUUUGUUCUAAGCCAAUACACUUACUGCCCAGAUAACUUUCUCUGUAAGCGUCCUUGAGUUCAUGUAAAAGCUAUACAUAAAUAAAAUGUACUAUUAUAACGUUAAACUUGCCCUUUGGCUGCCCAAGACUUAUGCACAGUACUGAUUUCUCUCAUCUCAGUUGAACUUCUUGCCAGCUCCUUCAGAGUUUCCGUUGACCCCUUGGUUGUGUCUCUAACGCCCUCAUUACCCACUUCUGCAACUUUUAUUGCACAGACUAAUUAUAUGACUCCUGAAAAUAGAUCAGCUUCACCAGAGCUUAUCUGGGGGUGGGGGGUGUUCACACCAGGGGGAAAUACUUAUGCAAUCAAGAUUUUUUUCAGAAUGUUUCAUAUUAGUAAACCUUUGUAGAAUUUUGUUUUCCCACUUCAGAGCAUCGUGGGUGUGUGUGGUGGGGGGGGGGGGGGG